CUUGUAUAUUUUGCAAGCGCAAAGCUCUGUUCGAAUUUUCAGUCUUUUUGCUCAGAUCUUCCAAUCUUUCUCGUGGAUCUGUACGAAUUCGAAAACCCAGACUUCGAACAUGUCGGCGCUUUUCAAUUUCAAUUCGUUUUUGACGGUGGUGCUGCUCGUGAUUUGCACGUGCACGUUCUUGAAGAUGCAGUUCCCGGCCGUCCUCGAGCAGAAAACUGGGUUCCGGGGAUUUUUUUGGAAGGCAGCUAGAAUAGGUGAACGCUUGAGCCCUUGGGUUGCUGCUGGAUGCUUUACAAUGGGAAUUUCAAUCUUAUUUUUCUAGGCCCAGGUUGCUUUUGUGCUCCAGGAAGCAGCUGCAGCUCUUUGUUCAUUUCUCUUUUUUGCCCUAACACAUAUUGGUUCUUGUACGUGACCUCGUACAAUUGCGAUGCUAAUGAAUUUACAUAUUAGGUUUCUGGUUUAAAUUAUUUGAACAUCUAAUUGGUGGUUUAAUUUUGCGACAAAAACUUGUAUAACUUGCAGGUUGAUAUUUAUAUAGAUAGUGUUACAGUUAUUUCUCUCUCCACAUCAUGAAUGAAUGGAAAAUCAGCUUCUUAUUUC